CGGGUCUGUUCACCGGUGGUGAGCUUCGCAACACUGGGCCGGCGCGAGGUCAGGGAGCCUGGAGGGCGCUGUGCUGGCUGCUCUGAGGCGGGUCUGAGGCUAGGUGUGGGCGCCAUCCGCCUUGACUCUGUCUCGGGGACGGGAUAGGGACCGCCGGGCCUGGGCCCCUGCUUCGCCCGCAAACUGUGCUGGAGGGGCCGCGCUGAUGGAUCCGAUUCAGGGCUCUGUGACCUUUGAGGACGUGGCUGUGUACUUUUCCCAGGAGGAAUGGAAGCUUCUUGAUGAGGCCCAGAGACUCCUGUACCGCGAUGUGUUGCUGGAGACCUUUGCACUUGUUGCAUCAUUGGGGUGUUGGCAUAGAGCAGAGGAUGAGGAGACACCUUCUGAGCAGAAAGUUUCUGUAGAAGUGCCACAAAUAAAUACUUCAAAGACAGACCUGUCCACCCUGAAGUCCUAUCCCUGGCAGAGGUUCUGCCUGCACUUAGAAGGUGGUUUGCAUCUAGCUGAGGACCUUGGCACAAACCCUGGUCAGAAACUGUGUGGGUCAGGUGUGAACUUUCACCAGCACAGUGGAGAGGAACUCUUUAGAAGAGAUGUGGGUAAGACCUUUAUGAAGAGCCACACAGUCCGUGCAUACAAGAAGUCUUUCACAUGCCAGGAGCCUGGGAAGGAUUUCCCUGUUACCUCUGGCCUUCUCCAGCACCAGGUCACUCCACAAAGGGACACCAAGUGUGUGGAGGCCUCUCACAAUGGACAAAGGCAGUAUAAAUGCCACGAAUAUGGGAAAGGCUUCUGCCGGAAGUCCAGGCUUGCUCAGCACCAGAGAGUCCACACUGGAGAGAGGCCUUAUGAAUGUGAUGAAUGUGGGAAAGCCUUUGGCUGUAAAUACAUACUUGUUCAGCACUGGAGUGUCCACACUAGAGAAAAGCCUUAUGGGUGCAGCGAAUGUGGGAAAGCUUUUAGCGACAAACACACACUUGUUCGGCACCAGCGAAUUCACACUGGAGAAAGGCCUUACAAAUGCAGUGAAUGUGGGAAAGCCUUCUGCCGCAAAUACAGACUUGCUCAGCACCAGAGAGUCCACACUGGAGAGAGGCCUUAUGAGUGCUGCGAAUGUGGGAAAACCUUCACCCGUAAACCCAUACUAUUUAAGCACCAGAGAAUUCACACUGGAGAAAGGCCUUAUAAUUGCAGUGAAUGUGGUAAAGUCUUUAGAUGCAACUCCAGCCUCAUUACUCAUAGAAGAAUUCACACUGGGGAAAGGCCUUAUGAGUGUAGAGAAUGUGGGAAGUUCUUUAGGCAAAGCUCCCACCUUAAAGUCCACCAGAGGAUUCACACUCUAGCAAACACUUAUGAAUGCAGUGAAUGUGGGAAACAUUUUAGCCAAAACUCUACUCUCAUAUCACACCAGAGAAUUCACACUGGAGCAAAGGCUUAUAAGUGCAGUGAAUGUGGGAAACGUUUUAGCCAAAGCUCUACUCUUAUUAAGCACCAGAGUUCACAUUGGAGAAAAACCACGAGUGCACUAAAUGUGGAGAUUUCUUCAGCCAAAACUCCCAGCUUACUCAACACUGAAAAGUUCAUGCUACAGAAAGGCAUCGCCAGUAAAGGAAAUGUGGAAAAUUUUUCUGUCAAAGUCUGCUCUGACUGAACACCAGAAACUUAACAGCCCAGAUGGACCCUAUGAGUGCAGUGAAUGUAAGAAAGCUUUCAGCUGAAGCUCUAACUUCAUUCGUCACCAGAAAGUUCCUACUGGAGAAAGGCCUUCAAAUGAGAUGAGGAGAGCAGCGAAUGAGCUGUCUCCUUAGUUAAUACAUCAUACUGAAUAGGCUCUGUGAGGGAGUCAUCAACUGGAAGUUGAACGCCAUACAUCUAAACAGCCCUAGUGUGCAGAUUGCCUAUGAGUACCAGGUUCAUGGGAAGUUUUUAAGGAGCUAUGCUGUACUUUCUGACUUAAUGUCACUGUGAGUUUCUUACCUCACCCAGGUGGUAGAUCCCCAUUCUUGGCACCAGUCACCUCAGUGUGAUCAGGGUAGGUAGAUCUUUGUGCUCUCUUAUCCCCUUAGAAAUGCAUGAAUAGCCUGAGCACUUGGGUAUUGUCAUUCUCUUUGGUCCUGUCAGGACCAGAGCAGCUUUGACUAAUGGAAUCCUGUCUGGGUUCUGCUGGUGGCUCACAGAGGUUCAACUUCUUUGGUGGCAUUGUCUCAUAUCAUGCUCAGGAUAGGUUUUUCAAGGUCUAAGUCACUCUGUUUGGGAACUCUUUGCCUCAGUUUGCUCUGCUCUAUACCAUAAUGAAGACUAUUAUUUAAGCCACCUUUCAUCUUGGGGUUUGUUCACAGUCAGACUGGUGUUGAGAACCAAAUUGGACUGUCAGGAUAUUGAGGAACUGGUUUUGUGAGUGUUCCAAACUUCGUAUACCUCAAUGAGGAUAGUAUCAUGGCAGAGAAUAGUUUUCACUCCAGUUUUGGGCCAAUCUGUUGUCCAAGACCUCCUAGGGUAGACUGCACGGCUCUGUGGGACUAAUGUUGAGUUCUGGAUGUCAGAAUUUUUGGUGGGUCCUGAGGUCACCUGAGAUGAGGAUAGUUGUGAGAACCACCAGUGAUUUUUGGAGCAGCAUGAAUGGUUCUCUUUUUCACAUGGGAUGUCACAUCAUGCCCCCAGUACUGUUCAAGAGAAGAAAUUCUCUAGGUCCAGCUGGAAAAGAGCCAUGUGCCAUAAUGUGCCCAAAGUGGUAGGCUGGUGUUCCUGAGUGUUAGAUUAUAGGCAUCAGGUGGGAACCAUAUUUCGUACAGAAACACUCAUGGAAUUAAUAGGGAGUGAGAGACAAGCAAACAAGAAGGGAUGAGCCUUUUCUAAAGUUUCAUCCACAAAUGUUCCAGUGACUGUGUCUGUUUAGGAUAAAGUUUUUGAAGAAAUUCUCAGGAGUUCCAGAGCUGUUCCUCUCCUCCUGAGCCCCCAGUCAGUGUCAGACUGAAUAGUGUAAAGGUUUUAGGAAUCAGCAUCUGCAAAUAAUUUAUCUCAAGGCCAUUGCUGCACAGUGAAAACAAUGAGGAAUGAGAGUGGAAAUUGUGUAGUCCAGGCAUGUGAAUUUUAGUACCCAGACAGACAGAGUUCCUGGAUAACUUAAGUGGAAACAACUUUCACUGCUCACCAGUCUUUGCUACUGCUACAGAUUCCUUCCCAUGGGCAAGGGGAGGUGAUGGGGUUAAUGUGAGGUUGCCAGAGUUCUACUGAAAAGGAGAUUUAGCAAAGAGAUUAAGAUUUUAUGUGAAGCCAAUUUCUAUUGAAAUUUAAUUAGCUGUAUAGUUGGUAUGCACUGAACAGAACAUACCUAAAAUGCACAGCUUGGUAAGUUUUAGUACUUGUAAAGCCACGGAACCAUCAACAUAACAAACAACUGUCACUGCCAUAUCUACUUUCUGACAUCUCUCCCAGGACUUUCAGGCAACUACUAUUGACUGACUUUUCUCCCAUUCAAUUAGUUAGUGUUUUCUAGACUUUUAAUAUCAUUGGAGCCUUAAUGUUUACUUUUGUGUGUCUUUUUUUAUCUCCAUGCAUAGUUACUUUGAGAAUCAUCUAAGUUGCCGAUGUGAAUAAUUCGUUUUUCCAUGAUAAUAUACUGUUUGGAUAUACCAUUAUUUCACUGGUAUUCAUCUGUUAAAGGAUGGCGUUUUGUGGCUUCCAGUUUGUCUCUCACAGAUAAGCUUACUAUUAACGUACAUAAAAUCCUUUAUAUGAACACAUGGUUUCAUUCUAAAAUGAAUGAUUGUACCCAAAUGCAUUCCCAUCGACAGUAUGGGAACAUUCCAGUUCCCGUGUUCCUCACCAGUACUUGCUUGGUAUGGUCAGUAGUUUGAAUAUUUCCUGUUUUAAAAGCGUGGAGACGUAUCUCACUGUGGUGUGAUUGCAUUUCCCUAAUGAUUCAUGAUGUUGAACAUUUUUGUGUUCAUUUGCCAAGUGUAUGUCUUUGACAAAAUGUGUUUUCUUAUUAGUAACUGAGAAGUUAAUAAAUGUGUUGGAAUUUGACUUUUCUUCGGUGACUUUGCUGGGUGGAAUAGGUAUUUGUACUCACAACAUUUUUACUACAUAUACUCAUUAUUAAGAUACUUCUAUUACUUUAAGCCUAGACACUUAAUAAA